AUGGCUUCUGCAGCCAAUUAUCAACAGAAACUAGUAGAUGAAUACAUGUCAGACAGCGACUCCAACAUUGCAGACAUUGAUGCAAUAGCACACGAAAUUGCAGAAGCAGCGCAAGUUCAGUCACAGUCUGGGUUACUGCAACAGCCUCAUCAACCUUUAAACCACAGCGAUGAAAACGUUUAUGUUUGCAAGGAUAAGACUGUAUUGAACUACACUGAGCCAUGCACAUCAAGCAGUGUUAUUACAACCACCGAUAACAAUCCCUAUAUUACACCCGAGCACGAUCGUUCGGGUAGUCAACACCAGUUGCAAAAUCCAUGGUAUCCGUUUAGUCUAUCGCUUCCUGCCCUAUCGCCUUACACUCAAGAGGCCAAUGGUAAUACUCCACACCGAAGGUUACGACAGACAGCCAAGUAUCAUUCUCUUUCAUCACUUGCCGCAUUCGAUCACCCAUCUGGCAAAAGUACAGCCCAUUCACUAAAAAACCUUAACCUGCAACGCCGGCUUCAGAAUUGGCUGCCUCAUGUAGUAUUCAGUGGUGACCCUGAAAAUUCUUCUGGAGUACGAAUGAAUAACCCUGUGGAUCCAUCGUUUGCCAUGGCGGGUUUUACAACUGCCGCCAAAAGUUUUACCACUAGUCCAAGAGCCAAUCCUACUACCGCAAAGAGUACAGCCACUACCAUUUCAUUGCCAUCCAACUCUGAUACUACAGAUUCUCGAACUGUUUCAUUUGAGUCAUCUCAGCAUUCCAUGUCGAAUCAACCUUGUAUGAGUAUGCCUGUAGAGAGUCUGUUUUCAAUGGAAUCUCGUCGCCGGUCGAUUCAGCUCAUUCCAUCACACGAUAAUCUUGUCAAGGAAUCCGCUGGAACAGACAAUCGAUACAAUGUCACGAUGGAUGCCAUCUUUGUGGCACACUUUAAUACUCUCAAGGGCAAUGUUAUCGAGUAUCAAUUUCCUGCAGUACUAAAUCCAUUCGAAAAUCCUUUGUUUCUAGUGGCCAACAUAGCUGGUGUUGAGUAUAAAUCAAUUCCAAGUGGUGCACAUGCCAUUGCUCGCGAUGUCAUUUAUUUUACUUGCGGACUUGAUAGAUUUGGCAUUGCAGCAUUGGAAAACUUGGCAUUAGGAACAUCAGAUGCAAGCAAUAACAAUGAGCGAGGUGCUCGCAUUAAAGCCGUGGGAAUUGUGGUUUCAAACAACGCUUCAUUGUUUACCCAUCUGCCCUUUCUACAACAGCAAGCUGCGCGGUUUGUUCGCAAUCAAGGAUCUCUAGAUGAUCUGAUUGCUUAUUUUAUUAAACAUCAACAGAACCCCUUUCCCUAUAGGAAUAUGAUUGAAUCUUUCAGCUUGGAAAAUUUCAAGAUUGGACAUCCAGCAUCUCACUUGCCUGCAAUGGUGUCGUUGUUCAAAGUCAAGAUUUUUGUGCUGUGGAAAUACGCAUUGUUGCAAAAGCGGAUUCUGUUUUACGGACAACCUCCUGUACAGCAGUCCUGCCAUAAUGUGGUCUGCACUACGUUGCUAACAAGCCAUUCAGUUCCUGCCGGUUUCAAGGUUAAAUCAAACCCUUUACAUUUUAUCAGCGUGGCUGAUAUUGACGCAGUUUCGUUUUUUGAUUCAUUUAUUGCGUGCACGACAGAAACUAUUUUUGGUACCAAACCUGUGCUGUUUGAUGCGUUUGUGGAGGAUACCAAGAUCAAUCCUGUGCGUGUAAUGGGGGCCAAAAACACUCGGCCAGACGAAGGUCGUUUGGCGACUACCAAUGAUGCAGACGUGUUGCGUUAUGCUUCACUUAAAAAGGCAAUCAGUCAAGGUUGCAGUGAUCAUAUUUUUUUAGACGGACUAAUGUCACCUAGUAGUGGCGGCUCAUUUGAUCAACAGCUGCCUUCUGGAAAAAAGAUGCUUGUUAUUGCCAAAGGCAAGUUUAAAAAAUGGACUCAUAAUGUGAAGUCGGCUAGUGGAGCUGGCAGUAAUGGGCAUUACCGAACCAUGUCAAUGGAUAAUUUUCUCCCUCUAAAAUCAAACUCUUCUCAUAUGGAGUCUGCGUCAAUUGGAGUUGGACACACCACUGUAGAUGUAACCAAUUCAACCGUCGUUUCUGCUGCAAGAAUCAUCGAGUUUUUUGAUCAUCUAAACACCAAUAUUUUUCAUAUGCUGCUGCUAAUUGAGCGAUCAACAGAUCCUGUUGUGCGUCCUUGUCGCAUUCAAAAUCUGCUGAUGCUCCAUCCAGUCCAUGACUUGCAAUUUGUGGCAGAUCUUGUGCGAGUCUAUUAUAUCAACGUGUCUAUAGAGCCAUUGCAAGGAAAAAAUAAGCGGUGGAGUACAUUAGCACCAGCACCAGCACCAGCACAAACCCAUCCAUCACUAUCACCACCGCCUAUACCAACCCCCGUUUCACAAUAUCACCAACAUAACUAUCCAUCUUUGUCAAUCACGCAUCCCCAUGAGUUUGCUUUCAACGGUACGUCGGAUGAAUCAUUGGGCUUAAUUUCACCAACACCUUCAGAUGCAUCCACGGAUCCGCCUGUGCCACUCACGGUUCUGUUACCUCGUACAUCAUCUGUUAGGAUCGCAUCUCAAACACCAUCCAUUUCUUCUCCUUCCUCAUCAAAUCCUGUAUCUGCAUCUCCUGCUCAGCCUAAACCCUCUCCAUCACGUCCACUAACAGGAAAUAUGCCUAUGAUUAUCAUGCCUCGAACAUCUUCGCUUAUACUCACAAAUGGCUUGCAUAAAGAACCUGUAUCACCACUUCAUAAGGUGCAUAUGUCCAUUCAACGACCCGCUUCUACUCCGCCAAAUAGUUCAAAUUUGACGCCAGCUGAAUCACAAUUAGACUCGACACAGCUUAAAAAUACUUUGCCUGUCAGUGUGUCAACUUUGUUUCAAAGUGGAGGUGAUCUUUCAUCUUCUGCUGGAUUGUCUGAUGCUCUAGUUGAUCCUGUUGAUUUAACUAAUACCAAAUUGCCAAAUACGAGUGGCUGGGGCUCUACUAUGUUGCGAUCAAAAGGUGUCAAGUGUGAAUGUUGUGCUGCUAUUCUCGAUAUGUAA